AUGGGUGACUACUCGAAAGCACUUGAAUUUUACGAAAAAGCACUUAAAAUCUUCAAAAAAGCUCUGCCUUCGAAUCAUCCUGAUUUGGCUGCUUUCUACAACAAUAUUGCUAGAGUGUACUACAACAUGAGUGACUACCCGAAAGCACUUAAAUUUCAAGAAAAAGCACUUGGAAUCUUUGGAAGAGCUCUGCCUUCGAAUCAUCCCGAUUUGGCUACUUCCUACGAUAACUUCGGCGGAGUGUGUCAAGCCAUGGGUGAAUACCUGAAAGCACUUGAAUAUCAAGAAAAAGCACUUAAAAUUCGGGAAAAAACUUUGCCACCGAAUCAUUCCAAUUUGGCUACUUCCUACAAUAACUUCGCUGUACUGUCUCGCAAAAUGGGUAACUACUCGAAAGCACUUGAAUUUCAAGAAAAAGCACUUAGCAUCUUUGAAAAAGCUCAGCCUCCGAAUUAUCCCAGUUUGGCUACUUCAUACAACAACAUCGGUGAUGUGCAUCACAACAAGGGUGACUGCUCGAAAGCACUUGAAUUUUACGAAAAAUCACUUAAAAUAAGAGAAAAAGUUCUGCCUGAGAAUCAUUCCUUAUUGGCUACUUCGUGCAAUAACAUCGGUAUGGCGUAUUUCGGCAAAGGAGACUACUCAACAGCACUCUCAUUCUUAGAAAAGUCACUCGCCAUCAAACAAAAGUCGCUUCCACGAGAACAUCCUUCAAUUAAAACAACGGAACAUAUCAUUGGCUAUGUGAAAGAGAAAAUGUAA